AUGGCAAAAGCAGAGCCAAUUGCUAUUGUUGGACGCAGCUGUAGAUUCCCUGGGGGGUCUUCUACCACAGCGCGACUAUGGGACUUUCUAGUAGAGCCUCGGGAUCUUUCUUCUCGGCCACCUUCAGGACGGUUCAAUGCAGAUGCCUUCUAUCACGAGGACCCAAGACGCCUUGGAACAACCAAUGCCGUCAAAUCCUACUUCCUUGACGAACCAAUAGACCGAUUUGAUGCACCUUUCUUCAAUAUCUCAAGAACCGAGGCUGAGAGUAUCGACCCCCAACAGAGACUGCUAUUAGAAACCGUGUAUGAAGGCUUAGAGACGGCUGGAUAUCGCCUGGAGGAUUUAUCAGGAUCAUCUACCGGGGUCUUUUGCGGUAUCAUGUGUGAUGACUAUCGAAGCAUGCUCUUCCGAGACUUGGAUACUCUCCCCCGAUACGCUGCGACAGGAACUUCACAGGCUAUCGUGGCAAACCGAAUCUCGUACUUCUUCAAUCUCUGCGGGCCGUCAAUCACAGUCGAUACAGCAUGUUCCUCCAGCCUGGUAGCUGUGCACUUAGCAGCAAGGGCAUUGGCAGACAGGGAUUGCCGCGUUGCUGUCGCGGCUGGGACUAACUUGAUCCUGGCCCCUAAUGUCUUCCUCAGCGAGUCAAGCCUUAACAUGCUGAGUCCAACUGGUCACAGUCGCAUGUGGGAUGCCAAUGCAGACGGAUACGCUCGUGGUGAAGGCGUGGCGGCUGUGGUAAUGAAGCGGCUAAGCGAUGCAAUCAGAGAUGGCGAUCAUAUCGAGUGCGUGGUGCGCGCAACGAAUGUGAACCAAGAUGGGAGAACUCCGGGUAUUACCAUGCCAUCUCCAGAGGCACAGAAAGAUCUGAUAUUGAAAACAUAUGCGGACGCUGGAUUAGAUCCUCAGAACCGCCCGGAGGAUCGGUGCCAAUACUUCGAGGCGCAUGGCACGGGGACACGGGCCGGAGAUCCACAGGAAGCUCGAGCGAUUCACGAUGCCUUUUUCGGGUCGAGUACUUCGGCUGCCCAGGAAGGUAGUCCCUUGUUGGUUGGCUCCGUGAAGACGAUCAUCGGCCAUACAGAAGGUGCAGCAGGCCUGGCCGGUUUACUCAAAGCGUCCCUGUGCAUCGAAAACGCGACCAUCAGUCCAAAUAUGCACUUUCAGAAUCUCAAUCCUGAUAUUUCUCCUUAUGCAGACUCACUGCGAGUGCCCACCGAAGUCCUCCCAUGGCCGAUCCUUCCACCAGGAGUGCCUAGGCGUGCGUCAGUUAAUUCAUUUGGCUUCGGUGGGACUAAUGCCCAUAUCAUUCUGGAAAGUUACAAUGGGGGACCACGGAGCCAUUCCUCGAAAGGUCCACUGGCCAUUUUGCCCUUUGUCUUUUCAGCAAGCUCUGAGUGGGCUUUGGGGCAGCUGCUGGAUCGCUAUCGUGCCUUUCUCGAUGAAACUCCCUCUGUCGACUUAACAAAUCUGGCAUGGUCACUGUUCGCUCGAAGGAGUCUGUUCAGCCACCGACUUUGGCUCUGUGCAUCAUCAGCUACAGAGUUAAGAGAUGCUAUACAAGGAGAAAUGUAUUCCCGGCAAUCCGGCACCCCUACAACUAUCAUGGGAACCCCACGCUGUGGCCCAAAACGCAUCCUAGGGGUAUUCACCGGCCAGGGAGCACAAUGGGCAAGGAUGGGCAUGGAGCUAAUCCAAGCAUGCCCGGAAGCAGUUAGCUGGAUGACUGAAAUGCAGAGAUCGUUGGACGAGCUACCAAAGCAGUAUCGCGACACAGGCUUUUCGUUGAUGCAUGAGCUCUCAUUGUCCCCAGACACAUCACGGGUGAACCAAGCCACCGUGUCGCAGCCCUUAUGCACCGCCAUCCAAAUAGUAUUGAUAAAGGUUCUAUCAGCUCUAGGAAUAGAGCUCUCAGCUGUUAUAGGGCAUUCAUCCGGGGAGAUAGCUGCCGCCUAUGCAGCAGGUUUCAUCACGGCCUAUGAUGCAAUUCGCAUCGCCUACUUCAGGGGGGUGUUUUCGCGACUGGCGCGGAGUAACAGCGGCCAGGCAGGUGCCAUGGCAGCCGCUAGCCUAUCCCACGAGGAAGCAGAAACCCUGUGCAGAGAGUCAAAGUGGGCAGGUCGAGUGACAAUUGCCGCCUAUAACUCUCCGAGUAGUGUAACGUUUUCCGGAGAUGCUGAUGCAAUCCAUGAGCUGUGCAGCAUGAUGCAGCAGGAGGGCAAAUUCUGCAGGGCGCUGAAGGUGGACACUGCAUAUCACUCAAACCAUAUGCUUGCUUGCUCCACCAACUAUAAGAAUGCCCUGGCGGAUUGUGGCAUCACGCCGACUCGUAACAGUUCGGCCACCAAAUGGUUCUCUAGCGUACUUGAUGGCCGCAAAAUGAGCCAGCAUCAUCGGGAACUACUCUGCUCGGAGUACUGGAAUGAAAAUUUGGUCAGCACAGUUAGGUUCAACCAGGCUGUGGUUGCAGUAACCCGCGAGACGCCAUUUGACCUUGCUAUUGAGAUUGGGCCACAUCCGGCUCUGAAGGGGCCUUUCCAGCAGAGCUUAGUAGGAUCCGAAAUACCCUACACGAGUAUGCUCAAACGUGGCUCAGAUGAUAUGCUAUCUGUCGCAUCUAUGAUAGGAACCUGCUGGGCCCACCUAGGACCGGACUCGAUUCACCUGGAGGAAUAUACCAAGCUUUGUGGCAAUUUCCAUGCCCCACAGCUCCUGAAGCGUCUCCCAUCGUAUCCAUUUGAUCAUCGGGAGGGAUAUUGGGGCGUAUCGCGCUUAACUAAUGCAGCACUUAAUCGUAAAGAUACACUGGAUGAGCGCUUAGGAAUUCUGUGUCCAGAUUCUGGUGAAGGUGAGUGGCGUUGGCGCAACCACCUGCGCCACGAGGAUGUUCCAUGGAUUGAUGGACAGCGUGCUCAGUCAAAGAUCCUAUUUCCCCUGAGCACAUCCGUGGCCAUGUUGUGGAACGCUGUGAUGGUUAUUACAAAUGCCCAGCCAUUUCGCUUCGUCGAAAUUUCCGACGUUGCAAUGCUGCAUACAGUUGUGCUAGAUGCUCAUAUGGAGCAGAGCAUCGAAACAUUGUUCAAGGUUGACGUGUUGACUGACGAUAAGAAGCUCAUGCUUCUGGGAUUCACCUAUUUUAUGGAAAGUGAAGGUUCUAUGCGGCGCUGUGUCUCGGGGAAGGCGUCGCUGCAUAAAGGAGAGGAGUCCCCUAAGCUGCUACCCUCUCAGCCAUUUGAUGUUAGCAGCCUGACACUAGCAGACCCCGCCCCAUUGUAUUCAACACUCGCUAAGCUAGGGUAUGAAGUCUCCGAAGAGCUCGUGAUUUCCAAGCUGCAGCAUAAUGACCCUCAUACCCGCGGAUUCUUGGUGAGCCCGCAACAGACGUGCCCUAAGUCUCAGGCUCACUAUGGAGCGGUCAUUGACGCUUCAAUUCAGACCCUUCUCGCAGCUGCAGAUGCACAUGGUCCAACGCCAUUAUCGGGUCCUUUUGUGCCGAGUAAGAUUAGGCGCAUUGCUCUAAAUCCCAUGGUACUCCACUCGCGCAUACUAGGCAAUCAAGUGGUAUUCGACAGUAUCUUAAGCAAUUCCACUACCUAUGAAAUAGAAGGCGACGUCGAUCUCUUCGCGGAGGGGGGACAAGGUAUUCUGCAGGUAGAGGGUGUUACUCUUGUUCCAGUCACGCAGUCGGAGGAACGGAGCUGCACAAUAUUCUCAGAAGUAGCCUGGGGUCGCUUGAACCCAUAUAUUUCCGCAGAAUAUACAGACCUGCGUAUCGGACUCGAUAAUCAGGACCCAUCGACACAUGAGCGGAUUGCCCUUUGCUACAUGGCCCAUGCGGCCAAGCUGGCCCCACAACACGAACGCAUUCACAUGGAUGCCCAGGCGACAGCUUUGUUGGAUUGGAUCGAUAAUGUGCUGCAGCAGACAAACUCCGGUGGUCAUCCGGUCUGUCGUAGGGAGUGGAUGGCCGAUACAGUCGAACAGAUUGAAGCCCUAGCGCCUGAAGGCUCAGGCUAUAAAACCUAUGACAUUCUGCAUGCGGCUGGCAGAGACUUGGUUAAGGCAAUACAAAAGCAGGGCGAGGCAGAUGGAUCAAGCAAGCAUUUCGAUGAGUGGCAAAGACAUUCCGUUGCGAUCCGUGAGCUCAGGUGUGGCAUGCAGGAUGUGCUCGAGCAGAUAUGCUUCCGAUAUCCACAUCUAAAUAUUAUCGAGGUGGGAGGGUACAUAGAAGCAAAAAAUGCUGUAUCUCGUAUGGGCUUCCCCUUUAAGUCUUAUACACACACACGGCCACCCAAUGGCUGCGUGGAGAAGCCCAGUGACCUGGAGAAUUCACAUGAGCAUCGGAUGAUGGAGUUUGAUGUUUCCAAGAACCCUGCGGAGCAAGGCUACGCGGAGCAUUCGUAUGAGGUGGUUCUGAUUCCCAAUGUACUUUGUCCCACUAUAUCCCGCGACCAAGCAUUGGUGAAUCUUCGUCGUCUCUUGAAACCUGGUGGCUAUUUAUUGGCUAUCCAGGAGACGAAUCCAUCUGUACUCCAUGCCACCCUUAUUGCACCUUCCCUGGGCCUUGGCCGAGAGGAAAUAUGGACACCAGACAGGUGGCACUCUGCCCUUCAGGACAGUGGCUUCUCUGGGAUCGAUACAAUAACUCCGACCGUGUACAAGUCUCUGCAACCAUACUCUUUGGUAGUGUCGCAGGCCGUUGAUGAUACAAUCAUUGCCCUCCGCGACCCGUUGAUGAGAGCCGACACAGGCCCGGAUGACCGUGACCUCUAUAUCAUUGGGGGCAAUACCCCAGAAACCGCGAACCUUGUGCAGGGGCUAGACGCAAUUUUGACCCCAAGAUUCAGGUCAUUGUUGAAAGUUCCGGAGCUGAAGGCAUUGCGCGCGAUAGGCCACGCCAGGAUAAAUGUCCUUUACUUGGGUCUUUUAGAUACCCCACUAUCUGAAGACCUCGAUGAAGAUCAAUACAAUGGGCUUCAACAUAUGGUGAACAUAAGUGGCAAUAUCCUUUGCGUUAAACGAGGCACUAGGUCCAGCAUCUGGAACGAAGGACACUUCACUACUGCACUGCGCAGUCUCGCUUCACAAAAACAACAACUUCGCCUCCAGUGUCUUGAAGUGAGCCAUGACACCCAGACGACUGCGUGUAGCGUUGCAACAGCACUUCUCCGGCUAAUCAACAAUCCACUUCCUAAUAAUCAUCAACUCCCAACCCAUGUAUGGAGCAGCGAGCCCCAUUUACUAUUGGAGGGUGGGGUGGUCUACAUCCCCAGGAUCAGGCAUAGUGAAUCAAUGAACCAACGGGCGUCUGCUGAUCAGCAAACCACAUACCAAGAGGUUGAGCUCUCGAAGUCUGGAGUGCGUCUUGUGUCUAAUCCCGGCCCUCAGCACUUGGUCAUACAGUCAGCAAUGCUGGACAAACCCAAAAAGACCCGGGUCCAAGUAGUAUUUUCUUCACAGACGGCAAUCAAGAUCGGUAGUGAAUGUUUGUACCUCGUGGUUGGCAAGGUGCUCAAUGAACAGUCCUCUGUUAUUUGCUUUUCGGACGAAUGUGCGUCGGUUGUGUCAGUUCCGUCUUGCUGGGUCCAGCCUUUCGAGUGUUCUGAGCGAGACGGACCGAAGCCCCUGAUGGCUGUGAUUUUGGCCCUGGCAGCUGUAGUCGCAGUCCGUCUCGCAGGCUCGAACACUACUCUCGUCGUCCACGAGCCUUGUAACAGUCUUCGUGCGCUAUUGGUAGCCUAUGCGCAUACGCAAAAUGUGUCAUUGCUGUUCACGACUGGUAGAUCUGAACCCCCCACAUCCGAUCACUAUAUCCAUCCAUUGAGCCCCAGUCGCGCUCUUGCCAAGUUACUUCCAGAUAACGUAUCGAUGAUCUUAAGGUGUGAUGAAGAAGCCGGGGGCAUAUUCUCUCGCUCAGGCUUACCGCUGGCUCCAGGUGUUCUUGUGACAGAAAUUCGAAACCUUUUUUCCUCUGAGCCAUACAUAUGCGGUCCUGAAGCCAACAAUUCCACAGCUGCAGACUUCCUCCACUUGGCCUUGGGACUGGCAGAGAGCAGAGAUAUCGCAAAUGACUCGGAGCCCAACGUGAUUGACGUGCAACAGCUUGCUGCUUUGAAACAUGACACUGGACUACCGGCCGUGGUUGAUUGGUCUAACCCUUCCGUGGUUCGAACCAUCGUGCAGAAAACUAGCUCUGAGCUUGUGUUCUCUGCAGAGCUGGCUUAUCUCGUUGUGAAUCUGGACGGGGCAACUGCUAAGCCUGUAGCAGAAUUACUCGUCCAUAAGGGUGCCAGAAAGGUCGUACUCAUAGGGUCAUCUUCCGGCGUCGAUCAGGAGUGGAUAAAUGAAAUUGGCCUGCUAGGAGCCAGGAAUAUCACCGAUCGUGAGUCGGUUGCUGCAGUAAAAGCCACCAUCAUUCAGGAUAUUGGCCCGAUAGGAGGUGUUAUGAGUAGGGUUGUUACGAUACUUGACCCUCAUGUUACGACAGAUACAGCCUUCCAAAGUGCAUCACGUCCUGAAACCCACGGCGCUAGAAUUCUUAGCGAAGUUUACAAUGAUAGGGAACUGGAAUUCUUCAUUCUUUCUGCGCCGAGUGUGUGGCCAGUUGGCUUUCCGAGUCACGAUUCUACUCUAAGUGACGCCGAUUUAUUCGGCAUUGCACAUGAACGGAGGAGUAUGGGAUUAGUAGCCAGCAUAAUCCAUUCCAAGUCCCUUGCGGAAAUGGCUCUUUCAAAGCAGGAGAUUGGUGAAGUAUUGGCAGAAGCCAUCAUUGCCGGCCGUGUGUCUUCGCAGGGUCCCUUAAAUGUGAUCCCCGCGGCAGCUAUCGGCCAGAGCAGGGAAUAUUCACAUAUUGAUUGCUCCAAGAACCCAAUCCUUUGGUCUAUAAUCUGUCCCAAGCUCACUCCUUCACCACCAGCGGAAGGGCAGUCCAGAGGGGAAGACCUCACCCUCCAAGAGGAGAUGGCCAGAAGUGAUCGGGAGAUUGAUAACUUGCAGAAGAUCAUCCAGGCGAAAUUUAUAGCAAAGCUUCGGAAGGCUCUUCGCUUAAGGGAAGAAGAACCUAUUCUUGCCAAUACCGCAUUAUUUGAGCUAGGGGUGGACUCAUUGGUUGCUACCAGCCUGCGGUCAUGGUUUGUGAACGAAGUGGGUAUCGACAUGCCAAUCAUGAACCUUCUUAACAACGAUUCUAUUGGUUCAUUGGUCCAAUAUGCUGUUAAGGACUGGCUUGCCCAAACAACGAAGAAAGAUGAACGGGACUCACCAGUUUCUUGGGCACAAGGACGAUCCGAAAGCUCCGGCUCCGCUUCACCGACCACGGGCAGCUCGGGGGCCGUAUCCAGCAUGGGGGACACACCAUUGUGCAAAGGACAAUAUUCACGAGUAGAACACCUAUCAUAUGCUCAAUCUCGCUAUUGGUUUCUUCAACAGUACUAUGAAGACCCAACAGCAUUCAAUGUCACCCUCCUUUUUACUAUGGACGGCCAGCCAUCUGAAACGGAUCUCCAAGCAGCUAUCCAGACGGUCUGCCAAAGGCACCAGUCCCUGAGAACGUGUUAUCUUAGUGAGGGAACAGAGAUGAAGGACGCGUGCCAGGCCGUCUUGCCCAUCUCUCCCGUGAAUUUGGAAGUGUGUAAUAUUGAAAACGAAUCCGGCCUGUUGGAUCAGUAUACCAGAAUCUGUGACCAUCCGUAUGACACAGAGAAGGGAGAAUGUAUUCGAUUCCGCUUGGUCAAAUCUACUGCCACAGACAGCGCAUUCUUGAUCAUUGGCUACCCUCAUAUGUGUAUGGAUGGUGCGAGCUGCCUCAUCCUCCUUGAUGAGCUUGAUCAAGCAUAUAGGAAGGUCUCGCUUCCAUCAGCUUCUCGCCAAUAUCCAGACUUUGCAGCUGCACAGAGAGUCUCAUAUGAACAGGGAAAGCUGCAUAAAGAAUCAGACUACUGGAAGAAAGAGCUGAGCCCGUUACCGGAACCAGUUGCACUUCUUCCCAUGACCAAAGUUCGCACUCGUCCCCCCCUUAAAGAGUACGACACGCACGAGCUCCAAUUCUGUAUCUCGAAUACCAUAAUGGAUAAAAUUAGAUCUCAGUGCCGUAGGCACAGAGUCACUCCAUUUCACUUUUCUCUAGCGGUAUUGAGGAUUCUUCUGGCUCGCCUUACCAAGACCCAGGACUGUUGUAUUGGUGUCGCUGAUUCCAAUCGACUGGAUCCUAACAACGAAAGAACCGUGGGGUUUCUGUUGAACUUGCUGCCGCUACGUUUCCGGACGCUUCCAGAUAAUUUUAUGCAGGUUCUUGCGGGGACUCGGGAAGCAUGCUAUGGUGCGCUGGCUCACUCUGCGAUGCCCUUCGAUAAACUUCUCGACGAAUUAGCAGUCCCUCGGAGCAACACACAUAGUCCGCUAUUUCAGAUCCUGAUGGAUUGGCAGCCUCGCCUUGGAGGAGAAGUGAAAAUAGGAGACAUAACCUCAUCCUGUACGAAGAUGACUGUCGGGCGAACAAUAUAUGACCUUACACUGCUCGUCACCGAGUCUGCCCGAGGCGACGCGACGAUUCACUUCCGCACACAGAAAGCACUUUAUUCUAAAGAGGGCAGUGAGGUUCUUGCCCGGAGUUACAUUAACCUUCUGGAAGCAUUCACAAAUGAUCUUGAGCUUCAAGUAAAUGCUCCAUGCAUUUGGCACCCCUCAGAUCUCGACCGCGCUGUUGAGAUUGGCCAAGGCCCGACUUACAAAUCACAAUGGCCUUCUACUGUAUCAAGGAGGAUUGAGGAAAUCUCUAUCUCCCAGCCCAGCCACACGAUUGCCGUAAUGGACACCCAGGGUCGAAGCUUCACCUAUCGGAGUAUGAUGGAUCGUGCGCGCACGUUGGCCUUUGCAUUACGGGAUGCUGGUGUCAGCGCAGGUUCCUUUGUUUGCAUAUUCCAACACCCAACCGCGGAAUGGGUGUGUUGUAUGCUCGCCAUCUGGUGUCUCAAUGCAGUUUAUGUGCCCCUUGACCUACGUAACCCCCCCAGUCGACUUAUGACGGUGAUCGAUGACUGCCAGCCAACGGCUAUAUUCUGUAAUGAUGAAACCGACCCCGAUGUUAGAGGUCUCGACUGCCCUGGUACCGUGAUCUUGAAUACCUCAGAGAUAUGUGGCUACAGUGGCAGACACUCAAAUUUCCAAGAUACUUCGAAUCCAGAUGCUCCUGCUGCUGUGCUUUACACAAGUGGAUCGCUGGGAUACACACGGCGCUGGGAGUUGGGACCUGAGGUAGUACUCCAACAGGGUGCCAUGACAUUCAAUCACUCGUUGGAUCAGAUAUUAACGGGUCUGUGUACUGCUGGCCGGGUGGUGGUGGCUACACGUGAUAUUCGCGGCGAUCCUGUGUCGCUUACGAAGUUGAUUGUUGAUCAACAAAUCACUUAUACCAAAGCCACGCCGGCUGAAUAUUCAAUGUGGCUGCGGUAUGGGUCUGCCUCACUGCGUACAGCUAGCAGCUGGAGACAUGCUUUCGGGGGUGGCGAGCACCUUACCACUACACUUUCCCAGGCAUUUCAGGCGUUGGAACUGCCCCAUCUUUCGCUAUACAACUCGUAUGGCCCAGGAGAGAUUACUAUUUCCUCCCACAAACUGAAGAUUGAUUACCAAGGGCCUAGUGCAACCCCGGAUGAUCUCGUUCCCCCCGGCGUCUCCGGUGAGAUUUUGAUCGGGGGUGCCGGCCCGUGCUUAGGGUAUCUUCACCGUGAAGCCUUAACAACAGAGAAGUUUAUCGAAAACAAGUUUGCAUCAUGCGAAUACUCCCAGUCUGGUUGGACCAGAGCCUACCGAACUUUCGAUCGCGGCCGACUACUGAGUGAUGGCUCCCUAGUGAUCGAAGGUCGUUUGGACGGAGACACGCAGGUGAAGAUCCGUGGCAUCCGUGUUGAGCUUGAAGACAUCGAAAAUAGUAUCAUCCAAGCUUCAGAGGGUAAGGUAGUGAAUGCGGUUGUUUCAAUCCAUGGUGACGAUAGCCAGCUGCUCACAGCUCAUGUUGUGCUUGCACCGAGUAUACAAGGGGACACACCCUCUAGCCUCGACAGCUUCCUGCAGCAACUACGAGCUAUGCUUCCCCUUCCACAGUAUAUGUGCCCUUCGGUCUUCAUACCAGUUGAUGACUUCCCUCUUACCAUUCACGGUAAGGUAGACCGAAAGGCCAUUCGUUCCAUGCCACUGCCACAAGCAUCCAGGAGCAACCGCUCUGCUGAGGAGCUCUCCGGGACAGAUGCCAUGCUCCGGGAGCUCUGGGCUCAGGUUCUGGAAUCGACCUCACUAGAUGCUACCGCCGUCGGUCGUGAGGAUGACUUCUUCAUGGUGGGAGGAAACUCUGUUUUGUUGGUCAAGCUCCAAGCCCUCAUCCGACAGGACCUGCGGGUGUCUGUACCGUUAGUCGACCUUUUCUCAGCUAGCACCUUGGGUGGGAUGGCUGGGGUUGUACAAAGUGCGAUCCCCACCGUUGAGCUCGAUUGGAUGGAAGAAACGUCACUGCCAGACCUCGCCAUCAAUCAGCAACUGCCGCCGCCGGCAACAGAUCAAGGCAUUGUCGUCGUCUUAACUGGCGCCACAGGCUUUUUAGGCCACAUAGUUCUCCAACAUCUCCUUGCCGCGCCUACAGUGUCUCAUGUAUAUGCUGUUGCAGUCCGUACCGAGGGCAAAGGAAUUGGCAGACCUCUUCCUUCGGUUUCUCCUAAAUUCACCGUGCUGGAAGGUGACCUUAGUCAACCCAUGUUUGGGCUCGAUGAAAGCACCAUUGCUAUGCUGGCAGAUUCGGCCCACCUCAUAAUCCAUUCCGGUGCCAACCGGUCAUUUUGGGAUGCUUAUCCCGUCAUUCGUGGCGCAAACGUAACAGGCACUAAAAAUGUCGUCGCCCUUGCCAGCCACCGGAACAUUCCAAUCCAUUUCCUUUCCAGUGGGGCAGUAGAGAAGGUGGUUGAAAGCAAUGACACGCCGCCGACAGAUGGCCGUAAUGGAUACCUCGCGUCUAAGUGGGCAAGUGAGAAGAUUCUAACAAGGGCGAAUGAAAAGAUGAACACGCCAGUGACCAUUCACCGCCUAACGCAGGCUCCGAAUGUGCAACCACCGCCGCAGGAAAUAAUCGCCAGCUUUUCUAAGAUAGCGAAACAGAUUAACUGUAUCCCAACGGCACAGGGAUGGGGUCGUCUCAUCUCCCUUCUGCCACUCGGAGAGCUGGCUACAUCUAUUGUUGCUCGUGCAUUGGCCAGUGUCGGCCGGCAGAACUCAGUGACAGUUUCAAUCCAGAAGCAUAUGAUCUCGACCACAUUUGAGUUAUCGGAUGCAGCAGAAGCUGUGGAACGGGCAGUUACAGGGCCUAGUCGCAUGGACUCUCUGCAUAUGCUUUAUUGGCUCGGUAGAGUAAAGAGGGAAUCCAAAUUCCCAUGGUUUAUCGCUGCCCAGGAUGUCAUUGUUAACUCGGAGGGCCAAACUGUACGUGUGGAGCUGGACUAG